UUCGUUUUUGUGUUGUUGGUGGACCCCUCGGCUUACUAGGGAGGGAGGGAGAGUGUAGAGUGUCCUGUGACCGCCACCGCCUGCUACGAUUUGUACCGCGCGCGUGUCCUCCGUCGGCACUCCCAAGGAGUCGUUCUGGAGUUCUGUGUGUGUUGUUUUUUUUUGGUUCUUCGGCGACUGGUCAGGACGAGCCGAAGGCUCUCGGUCCGAGGGGUGUUCCGGGGGUCGAUCUCUCGUCACACACACGUCACACACAAUACGGGCCAGGACCAGCGGCGGAGGCAGUGUGUGUUCUUCCUCCUUCACGGUGGUUCGAUGGACCUGCCGACCAGUUCAGAUCAGAUCACGGUGGACUCCCGGACGACGUGUGGUACAUGGGCCCGAACUCUUGACGGAGUGUGGUGUGCGUCGCCCGUCCCGAAACUAUUUAGUAGUUUUCAACUUUUUUUUUUCACUCGUCCUGCUACCCGACCGCCCCCCGGAUCACCCGGGAUCGGGAUUUUUUCUCGCGCGCCGGAACCUCCACAGUGAUUGUGUGUGCCCCGAAUCGGACCUUCGAUAACCGAACCGAACCUAUCGUGUGUGUGCGGCCAGGCCCAGGCUUCUAAGCCUACAUUACACCGCGCGGCACUCUGGCCACUCCGUGUGUGACGUUUAUUAAAAAAUUAGACAGUGAAGAAGACACACGCGUUGGCGCGGGAACCAAACUUCCGGAAGACUUUGGAGCACAGUCAACUUCCUGGAUUAGAGACAGCCAACUUGGCGUUUCGGAACUCUGCAGAUUCUGGAGGUACUGCCCGGGCCAGACCUUCACCUUCUGCAACCGUUGUGCAACAUCCGCGUGAUCUAACCCCAAAAUCUCUUUGCAGUUAUACAAAAUCUUUUCAGUUUUUCCCUAAAUUUCUUAAAACAAAAAAAAACGUAACUAAAAGUCGUCAACCAAAAUCGCCAUACCAAUUCGGAAUCUUUGAGAGUUAAAAAAUUGCGGUGAAAAAUUUACAAACAUCAAAUUUCUUUGAGUGAGUGUCAUACACGCGAAAACAAAAAAAAGUUCAUUGCAACAGCCACAACAACAACGCAGCGCGCAUCAACAAAUCAACAAAACAAAACCGCGUCGCGUCAGGAAACAAAAGAAGAGCCCCCCGGCGGCCGGUUCUUGGCAGCAGCAAAAAAAAGUGGGAGGAGCCUCAUCGAAGAAUGUCCCGUGCACUUUGAAAAAAAAAACACGCUCGCUCUCGCGCGCGCGAUCAAAAAUGCGUGCAAUUGACAGCCGCGAACGAUCAAGUGUGUGACAGAUAAACGUGCAGGUUCCUCGACUAUGUCGACCGCCGGAACUCCGCCUACCACCGCUGCCGUCGCCUACUGCUUGGGAUUACGUGUGCGUACGCGGCGUCGACAGUAAAAUAAAGUUUGGAUUGCUCCUCCUCGACGCUCCUCCAAAAAAAAAGUUUUGUUUGACGUGAAAACGAUAUCUUUUUUCUUGAAUCGCUCUCCGAGCGAAGCGAUCGUUUGUGCGUGUUCGUGCGUGUUACGUUUCUCGCGGGUUUGAAAGUUUUGAACAGCAACAACAAUCAACACCAACCAGGUUGAUCUUCGCGCUACGCGCUCGUGCAAAAAAAAACACCAAGUUCAGUGACUUUUUCGCAAGUGAUCGACACGCACGAACAAACCCUCUCGCGUAACAUUUCGUGCACCCACACACGCACGCUGCCCAUCCGCUCAUCGCAAGUGUCCAACAACAAACAACAGCAAACAAAAAACGAACAAAAACGAUCAAUUGUGGCGGUGCGUGUGAGUGAUCGUGCGAGGUUUUUCGGCCGUUUCUUCGUGAGUUUUGUGCCGCGGUUCGCGUUCGCGUGUGAUUUUUGAGUUUUCGGGGUUCGUGCGUGCGUGCGUGAGUGUGUGGUGACCCGCCAGCACCGACCCCCCAGCAGUGAGAAUCGAUCAAAACGAUCGAUUUAAAGUGCGUCAAAAUAGUCGGGUCGUGUCGUCGCAGUCGUGUGAUAUUGUUCUAAGUUCUGGUACAACACGCACACAGAGAAAAAAGAAAGUUUGAUCGUGCUAGGUGAUCGUGGUCCGUGGUGUGUUGUUGGUGGCGGCGCACCAAUAAACAAUAUCCCAACCCUACCAACGAAGAAGCCAAACCGCCGCCGCAGCCGCCGCCGCCCGAACCUUUAUGGAGUGCUGGACGGGUGACGCCCGCUUGGCGAGAUUUUGCGAUUAAGCAGCGUAAGCUGUCACCGACAUGGGCAGUGAGCAUUACUGCUUGAGGUGGAACAAUCAUCAAUCCAACCUGUUAGGGGUGUUUAGCCAGUUGCUGCAGGACGAGAGUCUGGUGGACGUCACGCUCGCUUGCUCAGAGGGCGCCUCCAUCCGAGCCCACAAGGUUGUUCUGUCGGCCUGCUCCUCGUACUUCCAGACGCUGUUUCUCGACCACCCGGCCCGCCACCCGAUCGUGAUCCUGAAGGACGUCCGCUUCGCCGAGCUCCGCACGCUGGUCGACUUCAUGUACAAGGGCGAGGUGAAUGUCGAGUACUGCCAGCUGUCGGCGCUGCUCAAGACGGCCGAGUCGCUGAAGGUCAAAGGUCUCGCCGAGCAGAGCACGGCCCUGGCCGAACCGAAGCGCGACCCGGACCGCCUGAGGCCGCAGAGUCACAGCAGCGCCCAGCAUGCCACAAGUCUGACCACGUCCGCCGCGUCCCCGUCGGCGGUUCCCACGUCCGGAGCCGGCGGCACCACGACACUCGGCGGUGGCAGUCCCCACCAGCAGCAGCAGCUUGGAUCGCCCACCAGCAAUGCCGCCGCCUCGAUAGUGGCCGCGGCGGCCUCCCUCGGCAUCACCGACCUGUCCACGACGCCGAUGGGCAAGUCCCGCGGCGGGUUGGAUCCGGACGGGAGAAGUCCGUCGCCGAGCCGGCUCGAUCCACCGUCGCCCACCCCUCUAGCGUUGUACCCUCCCCUUAGGAAAAGUCGUGACCAUCACCCGACCGGUUCGUCGGUAUCCUCGUCGGCAACUACUACCAUCACAACGGCAGCAGCAACAACUGCGGAACGGUCCUCGGAAGAGCGGGACCUCGAACACCAGCACCACCUACACCUGCAGCAGCAAAGCAGACCCCAGUCGAACAGUGGCAACGCCUUCAGCAGUACCCUCAACAGCCUCAGCAGUACCGUGGAAAGACUCAACAACAGCAACAACAACGCGGGAAUGUCCUCCUCGUCUUCGGCGCUCAACGAUAGCGGGAAUCUCCGGCUACGGCAACGCCGAAACGACGACGACGACGACGAUGAUGACGACGAUGACGAGGACAUGGAGGAAAACGGCGAGCAAGCCGGGAUCAGCCUGAACAGCAAGCAGGACGCACUGUUGCAACACUGCCAUCGGGGAGACGACGACGGACGGCGCAGCAGUACCAACAACAACAACAACAACUCCGACGACGACUACGAGCCGCCGAUCAAGAUCAAGAGUGAAGUCGAAUUCUCCCCCCUCUCAGGACUGAACAUGACGAUCAACUCGCCCGCGUGCCUAGCCAACUCGACGACCACGAGCGGUCUGGUGAACUCGUCCGCCCUCGGCGACCUGAGGCCUUCGUCGCGUGACAGCGGCGGCCGCGGUGGCGGAACUCCUGUGGCGUGCAGCUCAACAACGCUCGCCACGGGCGGCAACGGCGGCACUCCUCUCGCGCUGGAUCGCAGCUCGCCGCGGUCGCAACGGGAUCGCAACGAGCGCAGCACGUUCGGCAGCGGUGGCAUCCCGAGCCCCCUGUCGGAACCCAUCGCGGGACCGUCCGGAAUGGGGCCCGUGCAGCAGGUUCCUCUGUCCCUCAAGAAGGAGAUCGACUGGGACCGGGGGGACGACAAGUCGUCCGGUGACAGCUCGCUGGACUUUCGACACCCGCACGACUCGGAAGCAUCAGAACCGCAUGCCGCGAGCGGUAGUCUUGGUUCCGGCAGUGGUGGCAUGCUCGGCGGCGGCCUCUGUCCCGGUGGGGGCAGUGGUCACCUCGGGGUGCCAUCGCCGCUGGGUGGCGUCGUCGUCAAUAGUGGUGACCGCGGCGGUGGUGGUGUUGGUGUCGAUCCCGGUGGUCCGAUCUAUCCGUGCAUGUACUGCGGGGCGACCUUUCCGCACCAGAGCAAACUGACCCGGCACAUCCUGUCGCACUCGCUGGAGACGCUCAAGUACCGGGAGACGGCCCACCUGAUCCAUCCGUCGCAUCUGGCCCUGCUGCAGCAGCAACACCACGAGCUGACCCAACAGGCCCAGCACCAGCAGGCGGCCCAGGCAGCGGCAGCAGCGGCGGCCGCCUCCCUAAUGCCCGGUUCUCCGUCGCCAUCGGCACUCAGCUCGCCGCACAACCCGUUCGGCGGGGGUGGCCCCGGGUCCGGAUCCGGUGGACAUCACCGCAGUGGCGGGCCCGGCCCGCUCGACCAGAUCCUGGAACCGCCAGAUGGCGCCCCGUCGCCGAUGGAGCUGGAGUUUGCCGCCGCCGUGGCCGCUGCUGCCGCGUCCGGGAAUGCCGGCGGUGUCCUCGGGGGUCCCGGCUCGGACCAGGGCAACGUGGUGCUGUGUAAGUUCUGCGGCAAGAGCUUCCCGGACGUGUCGUCGCUGAUCACGCACCUGCCCGUGCACACCGGUGACCGGCCGUUCAAGUGCGAGUUCUGCGGCAAGGCGUUCAAGCUGCGGCACCACAUGAAGGACCACUGUCGGGUGCACACAGGCGAGCGGCCGUUCCGGUGCGGCAUGUGCGGCAAGACGUUCUCCCGCUCGACGAUCCUGAAGGCGCACGAGAAGACGCACUACCCGAAGUACGUGCGCAAGUUCCUGUCGCCGUCGCCGAUCGACGGGAAGGACGACGCCUCGCCCCAAUAGUGCGACGAUCUGCACCUGCUGAACUUCCUCCUGCUCUACAACCUGCAGCACCAUUGUGAUAUGUACGGCUUCACCUGAACCUCCUGAACCGCCCCCCCUCCCCAAACCUUUCAACAAAGAUGAUGAAGAAGAAGAAGAUGAUGAUACUACCAGCAGGAUAGCAGCAGAAGCGCAGUCGAUCAACAACAGGAACGACCCCCUUUGAAAAAAAACACACAAAACAGGAGGAGCCACCGUACACUAAGAUAUGUUAAAGAAAAACUCUAAACUUACACAAAACAAACAAACUUGUAAACAACUACCAUUUACAACGGGACAACAAGAGAAGCUAUUACAAAACUAACCAGCAUCCCCUAGAAAUUCCCCCCCUCCCACAAAAAAAGAAAAAGAAGAAAAAAGACCCCGAUCAAAAUAUACUAUUACUAAAAAAAACUUAGGAUGAACCACGCGCGAGUAAUGAAGCAAUAUCUAAACAAGAGUAAUUUUUAUACUAUGAAUAACACACUUUGAGGAAACAAACCCCCGUCAAAACAGGUUAAAAAGCACCUCCCCGCGUUUUGGACUAAUGACCCCAACUUCCCCUCCCUUUCACCCACACACAACCACGAUAUGUAAUUAAUAUUGGUGCUAUUUAUACCAAUAACAACAAACACAAACAAACAGACAGACAGACAGACGAAAUAAACAAACAAUACAGUUCUUAAAAAAAUAGGGUUAAAUAGCGCGCACGUGUGUUAACACACGCGUGAUAUUUCCUCACUCAAUUUUCCCCCUCCUACUUUUACUUUUUUGACGAUCAAAUUUCAAAACUUCACACCAGGUUUUGUGCGUGAUUUUAAUGGUGGUGGGGUAGUGGAAAGCGAUUAAGGUGAGGAACCAAGCUGCUCCACCGAACGAAAAGUGUUUCUUUACGAUCAAAGGAGGCGCAUGGUCUUUUUUCUUAAACAGGGUUUGUUUUGUUACCUUUCGUUACAAUCAACAGCGGUAAUUUCUCUUUUACGGUCUUUAUAAAAUAUUAGUAACCUUUCCAAAUAUGCCAAAUUUUGUAAGGUUUGUUGAGUUUUUAAGCUUAGAUAGCUGAUAUUAUUGUUUACAGCAAUAAAGCUUAUUUUUCUGAGUUCAAUGACCCUUUGUACGACCACAAAGAGUUUAAAAUGGAUUUUUAAAUCAAUUUUGAAAAAUUAACGUCGCGGUCCUUCUUGACAGAAAAGGUCCUACUUGACAGCUCUUUCCAAGGCGAUCAUAGUUGAUCCAUCGAAAAAAUGUUGUCUCGUCAACUUUUUUUUUGCAUUAAAAUAAAAAAAGUGAUCAGAAAAGAAAGAAUUGCGAUAGAAAAUACCUCUCGUUGCCCACCAACACAAAUUUGUGUUCAUCCGUUCAUUGAUACUGUUCGUCCCUUUCAGUAAGAAAAUUACCAUUUCUUUUUCGUCAAACCUUGAUAAACAAUACAGUAAAGGCGCAUAUUUGACAUGUCAAAGGUUUUGAGUUCGAUGAUUCACAUGAUUUUUCAUUAUCGGCUUUUUUUCAAAUUUAAUUAAAAUUUAAGUUGUUUAAAAAUAGGGUGUUUUUUAACAAAUUUGCACAAUCAGUCUUUAGAUCUGCUGUGUUUUUUUGCCAAUUUUUCCAUUUUUCAAAUACAGAGGAAUGUAAAAUAAUAUAAAUGUAUUUUAAAAAAAUCGGCUUAUUUUCAUGCAGAUUUAGUCAAUACCGAACCAACCAAGAAAUGUGAUUUCAAAUCUGUUUUAAAUGAAAGUCGCUCCAAAGAAAAUUCUGCACCUUCAACUGGAGUGACAUUCAAAAGCGGAAGUUUUCUUUUUUUGCGCGAUGAAAAACACGGAUUAAGCACGAAUAUAACGGCUUACAAGUCUCAAAAGUUUGUUAACUGUAAUACCGAAGACGUUGCUAGAUUCGAUUGGAUUAAUUUUCAUUGUUUGCUCAAAGAAAAGCAUCUAAAAUCGUAAACGGACUGCAUUUUAGGAUACUUAAUCGAAAAUGUGUACAACGCACAGAUAAAAAUUAAAAUUUCAGACGGGAUUCAACAACAUAAGCAUUUUUUUUUUGAAGAAUUUUAGUUGCCUUAGGUAUACUGCGGAGAUUUUCCCUUAUCGCCUUAAAAAGUGGAGGGUCAACACAUCCCGUCUUCCAAAACUUCCUUGUCCACGGUGAAAAAAAACUAGGCAACAUGGGCUUAGACAAUCGUCACAUCAGAUGGCGAAAUCCAAUCUGCAAUCCGCUAAAAUUGCCGAAGCAAAGUAGAUGUGGAAUAUUUUGAUUAAUUUUAAUUGGUGUUGAUAGCAAUUAAAUUGAUAUUUAAUUCAUACGUAUUUAAUUAAACGUCUGUAAACAUAGGGGAAGUAACAUUUAUUUGUGAUUUUUUCACAUGAAACAUAAAAAUUUACUUUUCUUUUGGUCCUUCUGACGUAAUCUGUUCACUUAAAAUGUGAAAUAUGACAAAAAAUUACUAAGAUUUUAAUUCGUGCUCACAAACAAAAAAUAUGGUUAAAUUUCUGUCACUGUAAUAAUAAUAAGGUUAACGAAACAUUUUUAAUGAUAAAGAUUUUUAAAAAACCUUUAAUAUACUUUACCAUUUUGAAAAAUAUAAUAACAGUUUGGCAUCCUUUUGUAAUGUUUUCAGCUCAUAACUAUUUUUUAAACGUUUAUUAAAGCUGGAUUUCGUCAAUUGAUUUGAAAUUUUAUUCCGGUUUGAACAGCUUCAAAUCUGACAACCCUAUAAUGAAUAUUCGCCUCUUUACAGAAUUAUUUAAAACUUGUUAAAGCUGAGCGUUGCAAAUUUUGGUAAAACUCUAACAUUCAUAACCGUAUUGUUCGUAACAUUUUUCUAAUUAAUAAUUAAUUUUGUAAGUCUGGCAACCCUGUCGUGAGGUAUCUCAAGUUCAUCAAAAUUAAUAGAUUUUUUUUUUAGUCCAGACGUUGCAAGUUUUUAUUGAGAUGGCAUCUGAACAUUUUCAAAUAUUCGUAAUUUGACCUUCUGACAAUUUGCAACACUACUUUUAGAUGGAUUCACAUUUUAAAGAGUUUCAAUUUUUAAUUUUUUAGGAAAAACAUGAUGAAAAUAUCAAUCAAAUCAAUUCACAUAAAUGCAUGAAAUAGUUUUACUAGCUAAAUUUAAACGCCAAUAUGCUUCUCAAAAAAGUAGGAUACGCUCCUCUGAACAAACGAUGUGACCAUUCGUUUUAAGGUAACUUGUUUUAAAGAUUAAAAUUUUUAAUUUAAUUUAAAAUGUUAAAUUAUAAUUCCAUUUACAACCCCACCAUCAAAUCGCGCAUAAAAGUUAAUCUCCCCUAAACCAAGAAAAUACACACACACAUACACACAAUUAAUUGAGAAAAGACAUCUGUGAUCUUAUUGAAUAUUAAUUAAUUGAGUUAGUUACUAUUAAUAAUGUUCCCCCCUCUCAAACAGCAACGACCCCCCAACUCCCCCACUCCCCUUUAACAAUGUGUAUGAGCGCGUUAGAGAUAGAGAGAAGCAAAUCAACAAAACUAUGCUUCUUGGGAGGAGUUAGUUUUGCAAGAAAAUAAUUUCUUAUUUUUGUUAAGAAAUUUUGCUCUACGGGGUAAACCUAUCCUCCUAAAAGUGUGACAAUUGUACAGAAAUGGCACCACAAAUCAAAACAACCGUUUAUUUUUCCCCCCUCUUCUUUGUUAUCAAAACUUAAGUGCAGAUAUUUUUUUUCACAUAUAAACAGAUCAUUUUACACACAACCUUUUCACAGACAAACAGACCGACACCAACUCACUCACACAAAACAAAAGGCAAGACGCGUGCAGGAGGAGCGAAAAAACAAAUGGGUGAAGAAGAAGAAGACGACAAAGUCGAAGACGGCGAGAAGAGAAGCAUUACGUUCCUUAUUAUCUUUAAUGAAGUUUAGUUCUUAGCGGGUAAAUUACCAAUAUAAUUAGUAAGUGUGACAGACAUUUUUUUUUGUUUCCUUGGAGGGUUCGAAAUGGGGCGAUUCGACAAAUUAAAAGUGGUUCUUUUAAAACAGCAGAAAAAAAAUACGAAGAAGUGAAAAAAGUAGAAAUUUAGUCGAAAUUAACUCUAGUUGCAUAUCAUGAGAAGAGAAAUCACACACAAACCUCACAAAAACACACAAAACCACACACUCACACCACUGUCUUUUAGGCCCCUCCCCGAUUAGUUUUAAAAAGUCUAAUUUUAAUUCGAAAGCGAAAAAUUAGUUGUUAGACGCAACACAAACGCAAACACCCUCAAAAGGUGGAGGAGAUGAUCAAAAUUUUACUGUUUCGGCCCACCCUAUUUAAAGUUAAAAAAAAAAACAAAAUUUCGUAACGUAAACCAAAGUUCAAAAUUUAUUGUUUCGGCAUAAGAAUGAAAGCAAACGUGUUGUGAUAAACUAGUUCAAAUUUACGUUGUUAAGUUAGGCAAAAAUUAACGGAAAAAAAUUCUCCUUUUUCUCUAGUAUUUGUUGAGUAAGAUUAGUUAACGUUAAAAAAAUCCCCUUCAAAAUUGGCGACUUUUGGCGACAUUUCUAAAAAGAACAUCAAAGCAAAGGGAACAAAAACACUGAAAAGAAAGUCGGAUGGAAAUCGAAAAUCUACAUUUUUUUGCGUAACCAUUGGCUGUGAUUGAAAUGAACAAUUUAUGUUUUUAACCUGAGUAAAUUAACCCCACACACACACAUACGCACGCACGAAAGUGAAAAAAAAAUCUAGAAUAUUAAGUAACUUAAUUAUUUAAACAAAACAUUGGCCAACGCACUCGUUUCGAACGGAUCUCAAAAUUUUGCAACUGCAAAUAGUCACACUCAAAAUCAAAACAAAUUAUUAGGCGUUAUAUUUUUUUCAAAAUUUUACAACAAACUUUUAGGCUUAAAAAAACCAGUCAAAAUUUAAAGCGGAAGCCAUAAUUGAGUUAUUUAAUAUGUUAAGCAAAUUUACACCUAAUGAGACUUUCCUUUUUGGUGUUCAUUUUUUCGGUAAAAAGAAAAGAUUUUUAGUCAAGUUAAAAAAAACAACGCAACGCGUUUUUCUCCUCCACUUUAAUGUUAAGGUCACCCUAAAAAAAACUAACAACAACACGCGACCCGAGGUUGACACGUGUCAAAAUUCUCAAUUUUGGUUCCGAAUCGAACAAAAUUUCCAAAAAAACAAAGCAAACAUUCCAUUUCUCACGAGUUCACACUCACACUAUCGCACACGUCUUAUUUGCACCUUCACUCACACAAACAAACACGUUUAGAGUAGAACACAAAUUGCUUGCUUUUUUCGCACACAAACAAAACUUCACCUUCACAAGAUGGCACACUAGAGAGCGAGAGCGAAGAGAAACGAGAGAGAGUUACAAAACGGUGCAAACACAAACCACAAUUUGAUUACCAUUUUUACGAAAAACAAAGUUCCACAGAAGAAAAAAGAGCGAAAAAGAUGGCAACACUGCGCAGCUUGGUUGUGUGCGUGCGCUCUCGUUGAGAGCGCCCGCGCACGCUCACUAAUACAAGCAAGCGCGCGCAGCGUCUGCGACGCGCGGCAAAUAUUUCUAAAAUAUUUUGUUUUUACCAUAGCUGAAAGUUCCUUUUUGUUAAUUCUGUUGUUUAGUAUAAUUUUUAACCUUAAAUUAUUAUUUUUUGUUUUGAAUUUUAUUGUGUGUGUGCGCGCACGCGCAAAAUGCGAAAAAAGGGCAGCCUACUACGAUUAGUUUGUUUCUUUCUUCGGGCAGAUGCGAAGCGACGCGAAACGUCAAACUCACACAGAUACAAACAACAACAAAACACACACACAGACAUGCAAAACCCCCCUCAAACAAAUCCACGCAGAUAGAGAGAGGCGUCGCCGACUUUGAUGGAGGCGCGUCACGCGAAUGCAAAACAAAACAAAAAGUAAACAAAAUAUAUUUAUUUUUCAUAUAUUUACAACAAUAAUUUCUGCAAGUAAUAGAACCGAAUGUUAAGGGAGCGAGAGAGAAACCAAGAAAAACAGAAAAAUACACAGCAAAAAAAAACAGUAGUUGAAAGUUAAAAAUAAAGCAAGCAAACAAUAGGUUAGACCGAGUGAGGUAAACAGAAUGAAGCAAAUAGAAGCAGACUUACACAAAACACACACACACAACUAUACAUAUUGCAUAAAGGAGUAAACAAAAACAUAAACAAAGCGCGAUGCGGAAGAAAAAGAAACAUAUUGUAGUAAACAAGAAAAUUGAGAAUUUUGUUCAUUUUGAACCAAUAAUAAACAGACGCGCGCGCGCGUGACAGCUGUCAAACUUUGACAGAAAAGGCGCGAGGCGAAACUUCUGGAACGUGAACAAACUCGUGUAUGUAGCGACGGGCGCGAUAUGUAAGGUAAUAUUAUUGCAGUAAAAAUCAAUUAUUAAUAUACUAAUUCUAUAUUAUAUAUAUACAUAUACUUAGAAAAUAUUUUAGUACUAUUACAAUACUAGGCAGUAAGUGCAAGGUAAGAAACAAAAGCAUAGCAAUAAUUAUCACUUAAAAUAUCUUGCAAAAGCAGAAGGUAAAACAGUAGGAUUCAUUGAUAAGAGCAUAGAUCGUAUUUAUAUGAGAAAAAAAUACCUUUUAUAUGGAAGAUGAAGAAAAAACCCAGAAAAAAGUAAAACAUAUAUCAACCAACACGAACACUCUUACACACACAAUAGAAAGUGGAGCUCGCACGCAAACAUAGCAAGCGUGGCCUCCUUGGAUGCGCGCACCUCUUCACUCUUACACACACUAAUACACACACCACGUUAUUGGCUUUCACCAACACACAUUUGAACGUACUAAUGGAAAACCAAAAUGUAACAUUUGAGGUAAAAUAUCGCAAAAAUUAUGAUAUUUUUAUAUUGAAAAACAUCUUUAAAAACCCAAAAUCCCUCUCACUCACACGCAAGCAAAAAAAUCCGAAUCGCUCGAAAAGUGUGUGCGUGAGUGCGAUUCACCACACACAAACAAACAAAUAUGACUGAAAUCGAAACCUUCUGGCGAACACAAACACAUAAACACGAUUUUUAAACGGCACCCUCACACACACACUGACACGUUCUGGAAAAAGGCGUGCGCCGCACGCGGCGCAAGUUUUCGAUUUUUAGUCAAUUUGUAGCUUAGAGUGCCUCUAAAAUGAAAGUAUAUUAAAGUAAACAAAAAAGAAAAAAAACAGUUGAUAUAAUUUUUCGAAAACUUCAACACAGUGAAAAUAUUAGCGCGUAAGAGGAAGAAAAAAAUAACUUUAAAAACAAAAAUCAUUCAACACACCCACACACCCACAUGCACACGCAGGCAGAUCGAAGUUGCACGCAAGCAGAGACAACUUGCUUACAAGAAGGUGAGAAAAACCCGCUCAUAUUUAGAACAUGCACAGACACACAGAAAUUAAGAGAGAGAAAGUGAGAGAGUUGCUCUCACGCAGGAUCCGCUUUGUUUGAGAGCGUAAACAAGUAAACAAAGAAAAAAAAAUCACGUAAGUCGCUUAUCUAAGUUGGUUAAAUUCUUGUAAGAGAGAAAGGAUACACAAUAAUCUGUGAUUUUGAUAAUAAACAAACAGAGGAGACAAAAUGUUUGGAUAAAUUUUUAGGAGAUGCGGACGAAACGUUAAAAUUCAAAAUUUAACCCCCCCGUACUGAGUAAACAAACACAAGAAAAGCAAAACAAUUGGCUGUAAACGACAACAUUUUGGAACUGAGCUUUUUUUCGGCAUUUAUCAUUUCGGCAAACGGUACUAGUCAAAAUUCAAAAUUAUAUACCAAAAUUAUAGCUUUAUUGUUAUCUUUGAUCGAAAACAACUCGUAGCGUUAUACCUUUUCGGUUCAAUUGUUUUCCCGUUUUCGGCAUAAAAUGUAAGAAAAAAUACAUACUAAAAGUUAUAAGAGAAGAGGAAAAAUCUAGAUAUAAUAAACUGUCAAAAUUAGUUGAAAACUCUACGUUUAGAGCGAGCAAAAAAAGCUAACAUAACUAGAAUCCAUUAUCAGUAAACAAAAAAAAAACAACAACUUAGUUCGAUUUUGGAUGGCGUACUUCUUAAGUGUAAACAUUUUUCGAGAUAAACAAAACAAAA